UACUUUAGUCCGGAGAAGAUGGCUACGCAUUAUUUGUAGCCAUGUGAUGCGGAAAAACAAAAUAUAACAUAUUUUUGGAUAUAUUCCUCUUAAUGAACGAAACAUUCCUUCAGUAUUUUUCUAGACAGAUACAUACCAGUGUAAAAAAAUUCAAAUUAUAAUGACUUCUAAAUUUGGGCGCAGCUUAUCUAAUGAAGAUCUGAGAAGUGCAGUGGAGGGCGAAAGGGAUUCUCUUUUGGAACAUGACAGCGACAUGGACGAUGACACGUUACAUGUACGUGCGAGUUCAGCCAGUGGAGAAGUUCACGUUGAUGGAAAAAUUUCCAGUGUCAGAAUCCAAAUAAAGGAAGUAACUGAUGCCAUGCGUGAUAAUGUGCAAAAAGUUAUGGAAAGAGGAGAGAGAAUGGAAGAUUUGCAAGCAGCUAGUGAACGACUGAACAUAACAGGAAAUGAAUUCAGGGAUGCUGCAAAAAAAGCCCAGCAAAGGGCCUGGAUGCAACACGUUAAAUCUCGGAUAAUUCUUAUCGCAGUUACGAUGGCAAUCAUUCUUUGUAUAAUAGUGCCUAUAAUUGUUAAGUAUUCCUGAGGUACAAGGAGGUAUACCUUAUUGAACUAUUUACCUCUGAAUGUAAUAUAAAUCGUUUAUUAAUCUUUUUUUGUAAUAAGGCUGUUCAAUUAUGUAUAAUAUACACACAUUAUUUUUAUUAAAAA